AUGUCUAACAACGGUAUAAUCCCAAUUGAGAAGCUGUCCAAUAUGAACCCUUACCAACCCAGAUACAUCAACGCCAACAGUCCGCUUCUCGAUCCUUCUUCCCCUCUCUAUGCUGGUCCUUCUGGUUGGUAUCCCGAUGAAUCAGUAUUCACCUCUUCAAGCCCACGAUGGUCCCCGAAUAGUCCAUUGACUACCCCUCCCAGUCCAAGAUGGGCACCUUCGAGUCCUCCAGCUUACAGUACUUCAACCUUGUUGAAUCAUGAGAACGAGUGGCGACCUUCUCCUAAAGAGUAUUCCAUCAUCCGAAAAUACAAUGAAUCGUCGAAUAAGCCGAUGUUCAAGUAUUACGUUCCUCAAAGUAUGCAUACUAAGGAAUUUAUCACUUUACCUCCUUUACGGAGUAUGAUAAAUCACAAGUAUCAGUAUCCUGCAGAGAGGAUACACAAGUUGCAAGAUAGAAACAAAAGAUUGAGAAAGAAAUUGGCCGAAUCAGAGGACAGUUAUGCAUUCUUAUUAGGGGAAGUGAUGCAACUACGAAAAGAAUGUAAAGACAUGGUUAAGGGGAAAAGGAAUGACGAUCAAGUUAUAAAAGAUAUGAGAUAUAGAUUAGUUGAAUUGAAUGUGAUACUCGCUCGGAACGGAAGUAAGAAACGUCUAAAGGACGUAUAUGAGGAUGAGGAUGAGGAUGGACCGAAGAUGGUUGACAGGGAAGAAGUAGAUAGGGAUCGGGAAUAG